CCCUGUCUUCCCGAACGUGCGCUUUUCUGUCUUCUUCCGAGCUGAUUGACCCUCUUCAGCCUCCGUAGGCAGUGGGUCCAAAGUGCCGGUCAAAAUGGAAGUGAAUCCCCCCAAACAGGAGCACCUGCUGGCCCUGAAAGUGAUGCGAUUGACUAAGCCUACUUUAUUCACCAAUAUUCCAGUAACAUGUGAAGAGAAAGACUUGCCUGGAGACCUCUUUAACCAGCUCAUGAGAGAUGAUCCUUCAACUGUAAAUGGUGCAGAGAUUUUAAUGUUGGGAGAAAUGUUGACUUUACCACAGAAUUUUGGGAAUAUAUUUUUGGGAGAGACCUUUUCCAGUUAUAUCAGCGUUCAUAAUGAUAGCAAUCAAGUUGUAAAAGAUAUAUUGGUUAAAGCACCAUGUUAUAGUGGUGAACAAGAGAAGGCAAGAGGUUCCUGCCUCAACAGACCUUACAUCUUUGGUAGGGGAGACAGAAGGAAACAGGCUGAUCUUCAGACAAGUUCUCAGCGUUUAAAUCUUUCAGCCUCCAAUGCUGCAGUGGCUGAACUUAAACCCGAUUGUUGUAUAGAUGAUGUCAUACACCACGAAGUAAAGGAGAUUGGAACACACAUCUUGGUGUGUGCAGUGAGUUAUACAACUCAGGGUGGAGAAAAAAUGUAUUUUAGAAAAUUCUUCAAAUUUCAGGUUCUCAAACCAUUGGAUGUGAAAACCAAAUUUUACAAUGCAGAGAGUGACCUCAGUUCUGUGACUGAUGAAGUAUUUCUUGAAGCCCAGAUUCAGAAUAUUACAACCUCACCCAUGUUUAUGGAGAAAGUUUCAUUGGAGCCAUCUAUAAUGUACAAUGUAGCAGAAUUAAAUUCAGUCAACCAAGCUGGAGAAUGUGUAACUACAUUUGGGUCAAGAGCAUAUCUGCAGCCAAUGGAUACACGCCAGUACUUGUACUGCCUAAAACCCAAGAAGGAGUUUGCAGAAAAAGCAGGCAUCAUUAAGGGAGUAACGGUAAUUGGAAAAUUGGAUAUAGUAUGGAAAACAAAUCUAGGUGAAAGGGGAAGAUUACAGACCAGCCAACUUCAAAGAAUGGCUCCAGGUUAUGGAGAUGUUAGGUUGUCUUUGGAGGCGAUCCCAGAUACUGUAAACCUAGAAGAACCUUUUCAUAUUACUUGUAAAAUAACAAACUGCAGCAGUGAAAGGACGAUGGAUCUCGUUUUGGAAAUGUGCAAUACCAGUUCUAUCCACUGGUGUGGCAUUUCAGGAAGACAACUUGGAAAGCUCCAUCCAAGUUCCUCUCUCUGCCUUGCCCUCACUCUACUGUCUUCAGUACAGGGACUGCAAAGUGUCUCCGGCUUAAGACUAACAGACACAUUCUUAAAGAGAACAUAUGAAUAUGAUGACAUCGCACAAGUUUGCGUGGUAUCUUCAGCCAUUAAAGUGGAAAGCUGAAGAACAUUUCCAAUGUUAUGCUUGUCAUUGAGUUUCCCAGAACUUUCUGUAUUUUUGUCACUUUUGUAAAAUGAUCAACAGUAAAAAUAGGUAUAUAUUAUUUAAAUUUCUUUCCUGUAAAACAGUUAAAAUAUUAAAUAUUUGUUUUGAAAA